CGUCCUCCUGUCAUACCUCCUAUCUCUCGCGACAGCACUAGAACACAACGUCUUCCCUUCGGACCUCUCACCGGUUCUCGUGACAGCAUUAAAGUACAACGUCCUACCUUCGGACGUCUCACUGGUUCUCGCGACAGCAUCAAAGUACAACGUCCUACCUUCGCACCACGCACCGGUUCUCGCGAUAGUCUUCCAAGGCAACGCGACGAGCUCAGGAUGCAACGUCCCAGGCCAAGAAGACCGCGGUGA